AUCGUCAUCGAAAAACUCACCAAGAACGUCAACGCCUCCCACCUGCGCGAGAUCUUCAGCACCUACGGCGAGAUUCAAGAUUUGGAGAUGCCGAUGAACAAGCACUUCAUGACGAAUCGUGGGAUUGCGUAUGUGCUGUAUUCGCAGCCGACGUAUGCGGAGAGUGCGAUCAGUCACAUGCACGAGGCGCAGUUGGACGGCGCGUUGAUUAGUGUGAGCAUU